AUGGAAGAUCCAAUAAAAGUUACAUCAACUCCUCCUCCCAAAAGUUUACAUCAUAACAAUAAAGAAGGGUGCACCAAGCUCGAGAUUCUAUUUAAUGAUAAAUUAUCAGAUCAACAAAGAACUCAUUUAUUAACAAAAUUGUUGCCCUAUGAAAAAUGUAAAUCUAGAGAUGUAAUCAAGGCUAAUGGCGAUUUGGUACAUAUACCUCAUGCUCAAAUUCCAGUCAUAGAUGGAAAACUAUUCCAUCCAAAAACAACUCUCUUUUGGAAAGAUGAAUCCAUAUUUCAAAAGUUAUGUGAACAUUUAGAAUGUAAUAAAGAGUUUCUAAAUUUCCAAGAAGGACAAGAAAUGUUUAAAUAUAAAUAUGGAGACCAACCUUUUAAUAAUUAA